AUUUCAGUCAAAAGGCCAUUAAAUGGCCAAUCAACCAUAAGGUAUAGAGACUCCUACUCCAGACCAUGUAUUGCGAUGUCGAGUGCGUCACGUGCAACAAUAUUCCGCCGAUCCUCCGAAGCACGAGACUGAGGCGCUGAUCGCGGUCGCAACCACAGACGUCAUGCUGGAGGAAGCAGGUUUGCGACCAGGUUUAUGGGAAGACACUCUACGGCAAGGCUUCUCCAUCCAUUCCAUGACCCCUUCUCUUCCUCCCCGUAGCCCUACCAUUAGUACAACCGUCCAGUGUUUCAUCGUUGUCUCAUAUACAUUCAAUCUCUUGGCUUCCUUCUCAUACUAUUUCUCACAAUGGCCACGAAGAAUCGCCUGAGUACCAUCUUCAGCGGCAACAAGGGCACCCUUGCGCCCAAUGGCACUCCGGGCGCAGACUCGGCGUACGGUGGCAGCCAACCGUCGUCCUCCAAUCGCACCUCGCCAUCGCAGUCGCAACGUUCGGCCAACACCGUCCCGCUUGAUCAUUCAUCCAGCGUCAACGGCGUGGAUGUGGGCAAUCGCAACCUCUCCCUGAACAAGCAGACUGGGGAGGUGACGGAUGAUGACACCGGCGACAUUGUCACAACCGUCACCACCACGACUACCACCACAACCGUCACCAAGCGCAAAGGUGGCCGUGACGGCAGGGAGACGGAAGUGCAUGUCGUUACCGGCUCCGGCGAACGAGGAGCCGACUCCACUGCUCCCGCGAGCAACAGUCACGCACCCAUGGUCGAAGCACCAGACGGUGCGCCGCGAAACAGGGUACAGCAGCAGCAGCCACUUGGAGUAGAGCCGCAAUACCACCAACAUGAACAGCAGCCUCGACGGUCACCCGCACCCCCGCCCAUCCCGCAGAACUCCAACCGCAAGAGCAGAGAGUACGCCGACUACCCACAUCCACCCAUCUCGCCCAUCACGCCCAGUGCUGCCCAGCAGCCAAACUUUAGUCGCCCUGCGGGAGUUACCAGCCGACCUAGCAGGAAUAACAUCCGUGAGACGAACGGGUAUCAGGAGUACGACCUCCCGCCACAGCUGCCCCCACUGCAACAUCAGCGACAGCAGCAAGAGCAGCAACCCUACCAACCAUACCAAUCACAACAGCCGCAACAACAGCCACAACAACAGCAACCGCAACAGCAACCGCAGCAACAACAACCAUACCGACCUUCAAGCGCGCCUUACCACCAGACUUCUCAGCCGUCACAGCAAACACAACAAUCAACCGUACCAGCACCCCAACAUACCGAAGGCGGACGCGGAGGCGGCACCUUCUCCAACCUCAAAGACGCAGCAGUAGCCCUACAUGGCGUUGGCGAAGUCUUACGUUCCUCGCUUAACGAAGGAGUAGAUUCACAUCUGCAGUUCUCGAAGAAGAGUGCGGCGCAGGCGGCAGAGAAGAAUCGGGCGGAGUUGGAGAAGGGCCAGCGGGAGAUGGCGCGGUUGAGGGAGGCGAGAGGGCUCAAACCUACCGUAGCAGGACAAGGACAACAGAAGGAGACUUCGCAUCCCGUUACUGAUGCGGCACACGGAUACGGGCACGAGGAGAAGGAGCGGCUGAAUGGUGUCAGGCCAGAGGCGGUAAGUACCCAUCCGGCUUUCCGCCGCGAGCAGGAACAACAACAACAACAACAACAACCGCAGCAGCAAGGCCAGAAGCAGGGUUUAGCACCGCCGGGAACGUAUCAUCUGGGUAGUGGGGCGGUCGGUAAUGGGAUCAGCUCGUCGUCCAACGGCAACGGCAAUGGCAACGGCAAUGGCAAUACUGGCGCGGCACCACGCUAUGGCGUCGGAGGGGUUGGCGCAGGACCCAGGUAUGGUGGCGCCGGUGACGGCGUGCAAAGGCCCAUUCAACCGGACGUCAGUAAGACGCAAUUCCUCUCCAGCAUCUCGUCACCACAAGAGCCGGAGAAGGAACGGCGAGGGUUGGGGAAGCUGUUUAAGCGGAAACCGGUGGAGGGCUAGUUCUGACGAGACGUGGAUGUGUAAAUUGGAGGAUAUGGUUGUACUGUGCUGCAGUGUACUAUAACAUACCCAUGCAAGCCCGGUUCUUCAAGCGCGGAUUUUGAGCGCCAGAACGUUAUCAUCACUCUUG